AUGAAUACUAUAAAUGUUAUGAGUCUCUUUAUGUUGGUUUAAGUAUUGGUCUCCUCUCAAUAUAUUUCAAUAGGAGACCAAUGCAAAUGCUAGGAUCUUUCAACUGAAUUAGAUUGCAAUUUAAGAGGAUCUUGCCGAUGGAACUCUAUCUAAAUGACCUGCUUGGAGUCGAAUCAAUACUAGUCUACCAUAGUGUCCACAAGUCCUCUGAAGUAAGUGGAGGCUAAGUCAAGUUCGUUAUACUGCGAUCACUUUAGUCAGAUAGAAUGUCCUAAUUAGAAUGGAUGUGCUUGGUUUGAAAACAAAUGCCUAAUGUUUACAGGAUGCACUUCAUAUGUGAAAUCUAAUGAUGACGAUUGUAAAAAGAUAUCUAAGGAUUGCUUUUCGGAUGGUUUAAGAUGCGUCGAAUUGGAUGAAUGUAAUACAUACACCUACCAAAAAUCAUGUGUCAUAAGUAAGAAAGGGAAAUACUGCUACUGGAAUACUCAAAAUAGGAGGUGUGAAUAGGUUAAGGAAUGUAAUGAUCUUCCCACAUUCUUGAUUAGUGACUCGGAGUGUAGAACCUAACUUCAAUUUUGUAUUUAUAUUAGACUUAUAUAUAAGGUACAACCAAGUUAGGAGGAGGAUGUGUGGAAUCUGGGAGUUGUGCUGAUGCAGUGAGUGCCGUAUCUUGUGUUAGUGAUAGACAACAAGGUAUGGAAUGCUUUUGGGCUGAAGGCAAAUGUAGAGAUAAAACAUGUGAAAAUGCCUUAACAUCCCUAAAGACAGAUGCACAAUGUAAGGAGUUCUUGUCACAUUGUACAACCAAGGCUAAUGGUGGUUGCACAAUGAGGUUGAGAUGCAAUGAUGCUCAGAUAGAGGAUGCUUGUAUCAAGGAUACUAAUGGAAAUGAUUGCUUUUGGACUGGAGAUUAAUGUAAAGAGAAAUUAUGUGAGAAUGCUCCACCCUCUUAUGUCACUAAUCAACAGUGUUCAUACCUAUCAAGCAAUUGUAUCACAAAUGGACAAGGAUGCUCCAUAAAUCAUGGAUGUACAUCAGCUUUGAAGGAGGAGUUUUGUGAAAAGGAUGCAGAAGGAAAUCCAUGUAUUUGGACUGGAGUCUUUUGUACUCAGAAGAAAUGUGAAGAUUCAAAUUUUAAAGGGGAUGAACUCUGCUCUACCUAUAUGAGUACUUGUAUUGGAAAACCAGAUGAUCAGAUUGGGUGCAGAACUAAGACAUGUGAAACAGCUGCAAGUGAUUUGAUCACUAAUGAUGAUUGUGAAAAAUACUUACCUAAUUCAAAUUGUAUUGCUAAAAAAUCAGGAGGUUGUACAAUGAAUACUAGGUGUAGUGCCAUUGAUUUCGAAAGUGCAUGUGUUAAAGAUUCUUAAGGUAAUAAAUGCUAUUGGAAUGAGAAUGAAUAGAAAUGCUUAACAGUUACUACUUGUUCUUAGAUUAAUAUUCAAUCAAAAUGUAUUGCAGAUUAAUUUGGAUAGCCUUGUCAAUGGGUUGAUCAAUUUAUGAAUAAUAUCAAAGCGUAAUGUGUAAAUAAAUCCUGUUCAUCUGCACCAAUGUAUAUAAAAUCAGAGAAAGAAUGCAAUGAAUAUUACAAAUCUGAUAACAUUCAAUGUACUCUAAAAAAAGGAGGUGGCUGUAGAGAAAAAAGCACUUGUCAAGAUGUCGAUGUAAUUGAUGGUUGUACCACCGAUAAGGAUGGAAACACAUGUCUUUGGGAUCAAACGACAUCCAAAUGCAGAAAACAAAUGUGCUCAGACUUUACAGAAUUAACUUACUUUGGAUGUUCAAAAAAUAGAGCAGAUUGCACUAUAGGAUUUGGGGGAUAAUGUGCAGAUUUAUAAGAAUGUUCAUCAUAUUUGAAUAAGAUGUCUUGUGUAAAAGGCACUGAUGGUGUGUGUUUAUGGAUAGAACACUUUAAGGAUGGAAAGGGUGCUUGCUUUUAAUUUGAUUCUUGUCAAAGUCUUAAAUGGUAGACUGAUGCAGAGUGUAAAUUAGCAUCCAAUAGUUGUACUACUGAUGGAGAGUAGUGUGUACCUAUAACUGAAUGUAGAAGCACAAAUAUAAAUGGAGGAUGUGUCACAGGAACAGAUGGGGAAUGUAUUCAAACUGUACCUUCAUUGCAUUCUACUGAAUCCAAAACAUGUUCUAAAUUCAUCAAUUGCAGUACUGCCUAUUAUUUGACACAUGAAGAAUGUUAAUAAGCUCAUUCUUUCUGUACAACCAAUGGUGAAACAGGAUGCAGAGAUUUAACAUCGUGUGAGCAUUACGCUGUUAAAGAAUCUUGUCAUCUUAAUAAUAAGGGAAUAUAAUUUGAUGAUUUGGGUUCCAUAAUAUCAACUGGUAAAUGCUCAUGGGAUGAAUCAAACUAAAAUUGUAGGGAAUAAGUGUGUUCUGAUCUUGUAUUCAAAAGUGAAGACGAAUGCUCACAAAUAUUAACGAAUUGUACAUCGGAUGGAGAGAAAUGUGUUGAGAAGCAGAGUUGUUAGAUGUAUAUUGAUGAAAGCAUCUGCAAUUCUAGAAAGGGAAUUGAUGGACCUUGUUUUUGGAGUGAGGGAACUUGUCGUAUAAAACAAUGUCAAGAAAUAAAACAAGGCACUAAUUAAAAUGCAUGCAGUUCAAUUAAGGAUUGCAUUUCUGAUGGUGAAAAGUGUGUACUCAAAGAUAAAUGUGCCAAAUAUAACACCAAAGUAGCAUGUAAUAUUUCAGGAGUUGAUGGUAUUUGUGUCUGGGAUGAGAAUUUAAGGACAUGUUAAGUUAUGAAUUCUUGUAAUGAUGCAAAUAAUGAUGAAAGUGCAUGCAAUUUAGCCAAUGACAGGUGUCUUUGGGAUUCCUCAUAAAAUGAGUUAUCUCGCUGCUCUGAACAUUCAUGUCUAUCCUAUUCCCUCUAGAGUGGUCAAUGUCAAUAUUUCAAGACUUGGAAAAAUGACAAAUAUCACAUUUGCAAAAUGAUUCAAGGUAAAUGCUCUUAAAUUGAUGCAACUACUUUGACUGCGGAAGAAUGUUAUAUUUAUUCUUUUUAUACCUAUUCUUGGAGUCCUCUCAGUAACAGAUGCAUGCAAUGUUCCAGGAUCUUGGAGAAUGGAUCCAAUAAUGCGAAUUCCACGAAUUCGAAUAAGACAAUAUAUUAAUAUGUAUUGGGAACCAUAACGGGAUUCUUUGCCUUUGCAGCAGUUUUAUGA